AUGGCGUCGGUGAGCAGCCGAGCCCGGAGCUGUUCUCCGUCGGUUGCCUGUCUGUGUCAGACUGACCCUGGACGGGGCCCCAAGGAAACUGAGGACGGCUGCCAUUUUAGAGAGUGCACAAACUGCACGGCGACACCACGUGUUCACUGUGUCGUCGACCAGACACGGUCUGUUGACCACGUGCGCUCGGCGACCAGGGUGAGUCCAUCGACCACUCGGAGAUCUGGGAUCCCUCUAGAGACCACAGGGUCAGUGACUGAAGGUCAGUCCAUCGACCACUCGGAGAUCUGGGAUCCCUCUAGAGACUGCACAGGGUCAGUGACUGAAGGUCAGUCUAUAGACCACUCGGAUAUCUGGGAUCCCUCUAGAGACCGCACAGGAGACUGCACAGGGUCAGUGAAUGACGGGCAGUCUGUAGACCGUGCGGUCAACGACAGCGGUCAGUCUCUGGGCCCCGUAUCGGGUCUGUCAGCCGGACCAGUGAGGAACCGGGACAAAGACAGUCUCGUCCCUAAAGACCACGUUCCCAGGGACAGUCUCGUCCCUAAAGACCACGUUCCCAGGGACAGUCUCGUCCCUAAAGACCACGUUCCCAGGGACAGUCUCGUCCCUAUAGAGCACGUUCCCAAGGACAGUCUCGUCCCUAAAGACCACGUUCCCAGGGACAAAGACAGUUUCGUCCCUAAAGACCACGUUCCCAAGGAAAACCCCCACAGUAGGAAGGUGGGAGGAGCUCCUAAAGAGGGGAGGAGCGUGUCUCGGGAGCGGCCCGCCACCAGUAGGAAGGUGGGAGGAGCUCCUAAAGAGGGGAGGAGCGUGUCCCGGGAGAGGCCCGCCACCAGUAUGAAGGUGGGAGGAGCUCCUAAAGAGGGGAGGAGCGUGUCCCGGGAGAGGCCCGCCACCAGUAUGAAGGUGGGAGGAGCUCCUAAAGAGGGGAGGAGCGUGUCUCGGGAGCGGCCCGCCACCAGUAGGAAGGUGGGAGGAGCUCCUAAAGAGGGGAGGAGCGUGUCUCGGGAGCGGCCCGCCACCAGUAGGAAGGUGGGAGGAGCUCCUAAAGAGGGGAGGAGCGUGUCUCGGGAGAGGCCCGCCACCAGUAGGAAGGUGGGAGGAGCUCCUAUAGAGGGGAGGAGCGUGUCUCGGGAGAGGCCCGCCACCAGUAGGAAGGUGGGAGGAGCUCCUAAAGAGGGGAGGAGCGUGUCUCGGGAGAGGCCCGCCACCAGUAGGAAGGUGGGAGGAGCUCCUAAAGAGGGGAGGAGCGUGUCUCGGGAGCGGCCCGCCACCAGUAGGAAGGUGGGAGGAGCUCCUAUAGAGCGGCAUGGGCCCGCCACCAGUAGGAAGGUGUGUGUGAGCGGUGUGAGUGUGAGCCGCUGGGGAAGGAGAGACGGGGCUCCCAACAGCAGAGCAGCACCUCCCCCUGGCCGAGCUGGGGACUGCAGCAUUACUGAACUGCUGUCUGCUCAACACACACACGGGGUAUCCAGUCUAUCAGACAGUAUAGUAUUGGGGACUCCAGUUCGUGGUAACAGACUCCACCUGUCCUCUCUGCUGGUCAACCUCACUCCUGAGACUCACACCUGGAGUCGCCUCAAAGCUGCCCUCUCCCUACACAGGAAGACCAAAGCGUUCCUGACUCCGAAGAGGCCUCUCUACCUGCUGUCCUCUCCUGAGGCAGAGCUAGGGGUGGGACUAGGGGCGGAGCUAGAGGUGGGACUAGGGGCGGAGCUAGGUGAUGUCAGUCAAAAACUGUUCUCCACGCCCCGCCCACCAAACCUCCGCUCAACGAUACUGGGGAGCACUCUGAGUGUGUAUCCAUUAGACGGAGAGCUGUCUGAUGACCAGAAGGUGUUUUCGGAGUGUAACCAGACAGGACCUCUGGGCUUCCAGGACUGUCUCCCAGCAGCCCGGAUGAAUCUGUGUAGGAAGGUAGGAGGGGACCUUCGGAGAGGUCUUCAGUACCACCAACACCUCUGGUGUGUGUCGUCGCUCUCAAGGUAGGAGAGGAACCGUGGAGAUCAUUCCGGUCUCUCUCUCUCUCUGUGUCUCUCUCUGUGUCUCUCUCUCUCUGUGUCUCUCUCUCUCUGUGUCUCUCUCUGUCUCUCUCUCUCUCUGUGUCUCUCUCUCUCUGUGUCUCUCUCUCUCUGUGUCUCU